GAGCGAUGCAGAUCGGUGGCGUGAGAUUUAGAUGGUGGUGGUGGUGGUGGUGGUGGAAUCCUACCCUCUGUGCCUCUCUCUGGUGCCUCUGGUGCCUUGCCCCUGCAUUUCAUUACCGAGCCUCUUUGAUGAUCACCAUUUCUACCGUUCCAUGAACAACCAACUACUACUGGGCAUUUUAAUUCUUCCUCAGCUCUUUCUAUGGCUCCCGAGCCUCUCAGCCAGGCAAGCCAUUCAGGCUCAAAAUUCUUUUCUCUGUGUGUGUGUGUGUGUGCGUUUCAUGUUUCACAGUGUAUCACGAUCCAAAAGGCCCUACUUCCUAUCCAAACCGGCGCCGGGCAAUGGGUAAAAGCCAACUUUGGACAGCAGAGGUGUAUGUAGUACCGUGAUACAAUGUGCCAAACACCGCUGCCCGCCCCCUAGUCGUACGAAGUGUGGUGGUGGAAAUGACAACGCGUGAUUCGCGCACUUUGUUUGCUUUUCUCUCUUCUCUUCUCUGGGACGGGGGAUUCGGAGUACUAUGGUAGGUAGGACCAUCAGGACGGCAAAGUAUAUACGACCACACGAGGAGGGGUGACAGGCUCGCGGCGCACAGUACACUUUACUCCGUUGGUAGAAUAUCAAACUGGGGACGGAUGGAUGGAUGGAUGGAUGGAUGGAUGGGGUAACAACAGCAACAAGGGG